GCCUGAACCUGAGGCGCGUCUCGCGUGCGAGUAGAGUCAAGUAGAGUCCUGAACCAUCUUCCAAACGCGAGUCGAUCAAAUUUCCCAAUUCAACUGAUCAUUGAAUCUUGAUCUUGUUUCAUAUUGGAUCUUCAUGCUGGCUGCAUUGCCUUUAGAAUCAGGGGCAGGGGAUGUGCCAGUGGUAGGGGGAUCAAUCAAUCUUAGAUGAGCAAAUGAGAAGGCGCCAAGGAAGCUCUGAUCAGGAGGGGUCGCGUUUAUUAGUGUCUCUGGGUAGACGCCAGACCAGAGCGAGACGAGGUUGUAUACUCGAGCAAGCGCCCGUAGCGCUGCCGGAAUGGUGCAUGCAACAACCAAGCGAGUUGGCCCCCAUUGCACACCGGCAUAGCAUUGUUAUCCCUAGGCUGGCACUUUGCAUCUCUUGCUCGUAGACCGUUUGGACUUGGAGGUCGCAAAGGUUACCCUGGCUGUUGCAGUUAGAAUCUGGUGACAAAAACGAUUAGGGUUAGCCUCAAUUGCAGUCCUUUGAAGGAACCCCACCAAGGCGAGAAGAAUGGAGGUUCAGCAGAACCCCAUUUUCGAAGAUGCCCCCAUGGAAGAGCCCUGGAGCGGGGUUGAAGGGUCACAGGGAACUGUAGUGAGAGAGGAUGGGCCUCAGACGGAAGCAGAAAGGCCUCUGGAAGAAAGCACCCGAAUGGAUGUGCUAGAGGCGCCUGCUGCAGACCACGAAUGGGCUCCCCCUUCCAGUCUGGAUCCAGCGGCCAGGCUACCGCCCAAUCUGCACAAUCGGGCGGCUGCCAUCUCAGAUGAUGAUUGGCUGCACGACAGGGAUCUUGCCGACGCCCUGGAUAGCCACAGGUCAAAGUCAUCGUCCUCAUGGUUGAUGUUUGCGGGCCUUGCUUAUAAGAGCAUCGGCAUUGUGUACGGCGAUCUCGGCACGAGCCCGAUGUACUUGUGGCAGACGUGCUUCACGAAGACUGCCACCGAGGAGGACAUCAUUGGCGCCCUGAGCCUGGUCCUCUGGACCCUCAGCUUGAUGAUCUUCAAGUACGUCGUCGUUGUUCUUCCCGCCAAUGACAUGGGAGAAGGCGGAACGUUCGCCAUCUACUCCCUGCUGUGCCGCUACACCAAGAUCACCAUCUUCGGCCUCAAGCACGACUCCGACAAGGCCCUGUCCGUGUUCCACCAGGACCCGAAACGCCCCAAGAAGAAGCGGAGCCACCCCGGGCGCGCCGUCGGCAAGGCCCUCGAAAAGAGCCCGGCCCUGCAGAAGAUGCUGUUGGUCUUCGUCCUGUGCGGGACGUGCGCGCUCGUGGGUGACGGCGUGCUGACGCCAGCCGUGACGGUGCUGUCCGCCAUGACCGGGCUGCAAGUUCCGAAGGAGCUGCUCAGAGAGGACGGGUCGACCAUCAUUCCCAACGGCGCCGUUAUUGCCGCGACUUGCGUCAUCAUGGCCAUCAUCUUUGGGUGCCAAAGACUUGGCACGAACAGGAUCAGCUUCAUCUUCGCUCCGAUCCUGAUCAGCUUCUUCGUCCUCAACGCGGGCAUCGGGAUGUACAACAUCCACACGUGGAACCCUGCCAUCUUUAAGGCGUUCUCUCCCCACCACGGCAUUAUGUACCUUGUCCGCAACAAAAAGGAAGGGUGGAUCAGCUUGGGCGGUAUCUGCCUCUGCAUCACGGGCGUGGAAGGCCUCUUCGCGGACCUGGGACACUUCAACGUGCAAGCGAUCAGGGCAAGCACGCUCACAGUGGUCUACCCCAGCCUCCUCCUGAUCUAUCUCGGCCAAGGGGCGUACCUGUCCCGGAACCCGGGGGACACUCCUCAGGCGUACUUCAAAGCCAUUCCAGAACCCGUGUUCUGGCCCGCUUUUGUCGUCGCGACGCUGGCAACUAUGGUGGCUAGCCAAGCCAUCAUCUCUGGCGUUUUCUCCAUCAUCUCGCAAUCCAUGUCGCUCCAGUGCUUCCCCAAAAUGAAGGUCAUCCACACGUCCAAAACGGUGCAAGGCCAGAUCUACAUCCCCAACGUCAACUGGGCGCUCAUGACUCUCGGCAUCGCCUGCGUGCUCGGCUUUUCGUUGCCACAGCCGUCCGAUAUGCCUCUCAACGGAGAUGCUUUGGGCCACGCGUUCGGUAUUGCUGUGAUGUGCGUAAUGAUCAUCACCACGUGCCUCGUGACGCUCGUGAUGCUCGUUAUCUGGCGGACCCACGUGGUGGUCAUUGCGAUAUUCUUCGGCUGGUUCAUGUUCAUGGAGUCGAUCUACCUCUCGUCCAACUUGUUCAAGAUUGCGCACGGCGGCUACGUGCCGCUUACCAUCGCCAGUGUGGUGCUUCUCAUCAGCUACAGCUGGCAUUGGGGCUCUACUAAACGUUACUUGGUGGGUUGCGGCAUGGGAGCCCAGCUGGAAGACGUGCUGGUUCCGGAUGAGAGCGCUUACGCUCCGACCUUCUCUUCUGAUGACGAGGACAUCCCAAGUGGCCCCAAGGAGCCCCUCCAUUACCGCCUCAAGAGCUCCGGUCAGAAGGUGAUCGUAACCAAAGGCGCCGCGCUCUUCUACUGCGACACCAUUUACAGACUCCCUCCACACUUCGCCUUCUCGCUGAAGGCGAUGCCCGCGGUUCACGAGGUCAUGGUGUUUAUGUCGCUCAGAGAGGGCCCCAGCAUUGCGCCUCCAACCAGCACAAAGGGGGCAAGUAUCGUGUGGAUUGGGUAUAAUUCUCUGAAUACCACCACGUCUGCAAACCUCUUCGAAACGUACAACCUUCUGUCAGUCGACCGAGAUUAA